AUGGCGGCGCAAACAAUUAAGAGUGCCCUGCCUUCCCACCUCAAGCCUGGGAACGGCGAUGAGGCCGAGUUUGCCAAGAGGCACCAUGGCAAGACAAGAUCCCACAUGGCUUUCGAGAACACCUCGACCAACAUCGCCGCCGCCCAAAUGCGCAAUGCGCUCACCAACCUGGCCGAGACGUUGUUCGAGACCGAAAUGGACAACUUUUUCUCGCUCUUCCGCCGGUACUUGAAUGACAAGGCUAAGGGCAACGAAGUCUCAUGGGACCGCAUCGCGCCGCCUGCCGAGGGCCAAGUCGUCGACUAUGACGACCUCGCCAAUUCUGAGUCGGUCAACUUCCUCAACAAGCUCGCCGUUCUGAAGCUCAACGGUGGCCUGGGAACGUCUAUGGGUUGCGUCGGUCCCAAAUCGGUCAUUGAAGUCCGCGAUGGCAUGUCCUUCCUGGACAUGUCGGUCCGUCAAGUCGAGUACCUCAACCGCACAUAUGGCUCCAACGUGCCAAUUCUCCUCAUGAACUCGUUCAACACGGACGAGGACACCGCGGCCAUCAUCAAGAAGUACGAGGGCCACAACGUGAACGUUCUCACCUUCAACCAGUCCCGGUACCCCAGAAUCUAUAAGGACUCGCUCCUCCCCGUGCCCAAGUCGGUCGACUCGGCCGUCCAUGACUGGUACCCGCCCGGACACGGUGACGUUUUCGAGUCGCUGUACAACUCGGGCAUUCUCGACAAGCUGCUUGAUCGCGGCAUCGAGAUCAUUUUUCUCUCUAACGCAGACAACCUCGGUGCCGUGGUUGACCUCCGCAUUCUGCAGCACAUGGUCGAGAGCGAGGCAGAGUACAUCAUGGAGCUUACCAACAAGACCAAGGCGGAUGUCAAGGGUGGCACCAUCAUCGACUACGAGGGCAGCGUGCGCCUGCUCGAAAUCGCGCAGGUCCCCAAGGAGCACGUCAACGAGUUCAAGUCGAUCAAGAAGUUCAAGUACUUCAACACCAACAACAUCUGGAUGAACUUGAAGGCCAUCAAGCGCGUCGUGGAGAACGACGAGCUCGAGAUGGAGAUCAUCCCCAACGGCAAGACGAUCCCCGGCGACAAGAAGGGCGAGUCGGACAUUAGCAUUCUGCAGCUCGAGACCGCCGUCGGUGCCGCCAUCAAGCACUUCAAGAACGCCCACGGUGUCAACGUCCCCCGCCGCCGCUUCUUGCCCGUCAAGACGUGCUCCGACCUGAUGCUCGUCAAGUCGGAUCUGUACACGGUCAAGCAUGGCCAGCUGCAAAUGAGCGCGAACCGCUUCGGCGAUGCCCCGCUGAUUAAGCUCGGCGGUGACUUUAAGAAGGUCUCCGAUUUCCAGAAGCGUAUUCCCAGCAUUCCCAAGAUCAUCGAGCUCGACCACUUGACAAUCACGGGCGCCGUCAACCUAGGACGUGGCGUCACCCUCAAGGGCACCGUCAUCAUUGUCGCCACCGAGGGCCAGACCAUCGACAUCCCGCCCGGAUCGAUCCUCGAGAACGUCGUUGUCCAGGGUAGCUUGCGCCUGCUUGAGCAUUAA